AUGAACGAGUGGUUCGACGGGGAGACUCUCGCCAUCCAGGAAGGGUUCGAGAAGGCCAUGGAAGGAAAGGCCGGCGACUACUACUGCUUCGGAGCUAUACAUGACGGCUUCGUGAGACUUGUCGGGAACAUGGGCGCUCUCGAGACCAAACUGGGUUCUGCCGAUGAGGUGCACCAGUUCAAUGUUUGCCUAGACUCGGAGUAUAUUAUGCUCAAGUUCCCGGACGACACCGAGUUUGCCCAAGUGUCCGAGCUGCUGACCCGAGGACUUGGAGCUAUCCAUAAGCUCUGCCCUGACGGCGAUCUGGACGUUAGAGCAUUCGCAAAGAGCGCCGACGCCCGAAAUGUCCUCCAGCGGGCCAAGAGGCCAGCCGAAGCGGUGCUCAAGGUCGACAUCAAUAUUUAUGGCCCACGUUCCUGCGCCGAAAAGGUAGGGUCGGCCCUCUCUGACGCUGAGAUAUAUCUGCAGUACCCGGACGACGGCUUCGGGCUCCAUGGGCUCGAGUGCCACAAUCCACACGUCAUCGAGUUCCCGGGCUUGGAUUAUGUUCCGCGGGACCGUGCAAACGGGUCAGAUCCUGCCGAUGGUGCGAGGGAAGCCGAUACUUCUGAAGGGCAGGAAAUCGAGCGGCGGGCAAUCUCGGGGGCCUAUGAAUCGCUCACAAGAGAUAAGAAUCUGGAGCGUGUCAAAGCAGGAUCCGGGAUCAUGACGCAGUUGCUCCCUCACCAAGAGCGAGCCUUGGGCUUCAUGCUGGUCAGGGAGAAUGGUCCGACCUCAGAAGGAAACAGUCUGUGGGAACGUAUCAUUCCCGAACCUGGGGGCGCCGAGGUGAGGUACAAGCACAAACUCACGGGUCAGUGCCUGUCGCCGGACGGGUCGCCGGCCGCCCACUCGGCCGCGGGGUCACCACCGCCGUGCUCGGUGUGCAGGGAAGAGGGGGCCGCCGCCUGGGCGGAGAACCCCAACUUUGGAAGCGAUGUGAUGGUGCCGCAGCAGAUGAUGGCGCAGGGGCUCGGCGGGCAGGACGGCUACUUCAACACGCAUGGAACCUCGAGCAAGAUUGACGCAUUAAUGACGGACCUUGAACGCGCAGGGUUGGACGAGAAGAGCAUCGCCUUCUCCUGCUGGACGCGCUCUUUGGACCUCAUCGCGGCGCGGCUAAAGCAGAGACACAUUCUAUACCAGCGGAUCGACGGCGACUACAGCCUCAGGCAGAGGCAAGACAACAUGGAGAGGUUCACAAAGGACGGGGACAUGCGGGUGUUGAUAAUGAGCACGGGGGGUUGGGGCAUUCGGCCCAGGGCGGAAGGGAUCCGAGCUGACCAACGGCCACGGCCCGGCGUGAAUCAUAGCUUAAACCUCACGGCGGCGAGCCGGAUCUUCAUCCUCGAGCCGCAGUGGAACCCGAGCGUGGAGAGGCAGGCGAUCGGGAGGGCCGUCCGGAUCGGACAGAGCAGACAGGUCCACGUCGUCAGGUACCUGGUGGCGGGCUUGGUCGAGACGGUGAGCCGAUUUUAA